AUGUCCCUCUAUCUUUUUUCUCUUUCAAUCUAUUCUGAUUCUUUCACCUUUUCUAAAUCUCCUUCCUCUCCUCCAUCUUGCUAUUCUUUCUUCUUUCUUUUUUUCUUUCUUUUCCAAUUUUCUCCAUUGCUUCUUUCUUUUCCUCUUCCUUUUCACUAUUCAAAGGCCUACUUUCGCCAUUUUUUAAUUUUCAAAUAUCACACUAUCUAUCUAUCUAUCUAUCUAUCUAUCUAUCUAUCUAUCUAUCUCAGUUUGUUUAUCUCUCUAUCUAUCUAUUUAUCUCAAUUUCUAUCUAUCUAUCUAUCUCACUUUGUUUUCCAUUCUCUUCUUUUCUCAUUCAAUAUUUCUCUUUUUCUCUCUCUAUUUCUCUUAAACUUUUUCUCUUCUUUUCGAUUUGUUUUUCCUCCUUCGCCGCAUUUUUUCUUUUCCUGUAACUUCUUUCUUUCUUAUACAUCUACUUCUUUCUUUCUUUUUUUCUUUUUUCUUUCUUUCUUUUUUCUUUCUUUCUUUCUUUCUUUCUUUCUUUCUUUCUUUCUUUCUUUUUCUCAAAUCCCCACACACUUUAUUUUAAUCGUUCUCUUUCAUAUUAUUCUCUCUCUCUCUCUUAUUCUUAUACUUUCUUUCACUCUUUCUCGUUAUUCCUAUGCUUUCUCGUUAAUUUCUCUCUUUCCCCCCAAAAAAAAUUUUUUUCCUUCACAAAUUUCUUUGUUCUUCACAUGCUUUCAUAGAUUAAGGACGCGGUCCCCAGAUACAUUACACGCUCGACGACGAACCCACCCACCGACACAACUCCCCCACCCCCAAAUUGCUCAUCUGACUUUUUUCAUUCAUUAUCUGUUUCUUUCUUUUUUUUUUUUUUUUUUUUUCGACUGCUUUUAUUCUUUCAUUCUAAAAUUCCUUCACACCUGUACGAAUUUUCUUUCUUUCUUUCUCUCUACCUUUAAUAAUCAAUUUAUCGAUUUCUUCCCCUGUUGCAUCCGCGGCUUUAUUUCUUCAAUCUUCUUUCAUUCUCUUUGUCAUUCAUAUUGGUCUUUCAUUCCUUCGUUCUUUCAUUUUUACUGUCUUUCUUUCUUUCUUUAUUUAUUUCUUUCUUUUCCUUCCUUCCUUCCUUCCUUCCUUUCUUUUCCUUCCUUCCUUCUUCCUUUUUCUUUCUUUCUUUUUUUAUUUAUUUAUUUGUAUUUGUUUCUCUUUCUUUUUCCCUCACAUCCCAUUUAUAUUUCUUUCUUUUCUUUUCACAUUGACUUAAUAUUUAAUUACCUCUCUCUCUUUUUUCUCUUUCUCUUUCUUUCAUUCUCUCUCUCUUUUAUUUCUCUCUCUUUCUUUAUUUAUUUCCUCUUUCUUUUCUCUCUCUCUUUCUCCAAUUUCUUUCUCUCUCUCUUCUUUCACUUUUUUUUUUCUCUCUCUCUCUUUUUUUUCUUUGAUUCUUUCUUCUCUCUUUCUUUCUCAAAAUCUCUCUCUUUCUUUCUUCUUUCUUUCUUUAAUAAAUAG